AUUGAUGAAUGCGCAGUUGGAAAUGGCGGUUGUUCUCAUGGUUGUGUGAACACUCCUGGUGGCCACUAUUGUGCUUGCCCAUACGGAAUGACGAGAGAUCCGCUCGAUCCAAAUACAUGUGUAAACGCCGCAAAUGCCUUUGAUCGCAUUGCACAACUGCUGGCUCAGUACCUUCAUGCUAAUGCGAAGCAAACUGCAGGCGGUUCUGCACCUAAAGGAGGAGUUUCACAGAAAAUGAAAUACAAAGUGAUUAUUAUAUGGUUUUCCUAUGCAUUAACUAAGAAGACACAAGCUAAUUAG